AUGUACGACGGCAAUGGACAGCGCAACGGGGAGAAGCGUAGAGCCGCGGUCCAAGCCUGUGUGUUCCUCACAUUUGGCAGCGUUUUUCCACCGAAAUACAUUGCUUCCUACACACGUGAUCAAAUCAAAGAGCAUUACUGGAGAACUUACGACCAGCUUUCAGAGAGGAAGAGGGACUGUCAACGUCGACGGGGGAAGGCAUUCCUGGAUGUGACCAAGCUUAAUCCAAGACCGCAAACCCAGAGUGCGUUCCUCGCCCGUCUUCCUCUCGAGAUACGACAGAUGAUCUAUGUCUAUGUCUUCGAUCAUAUCAAAGUCUCAAUCGGCCAGGUCAGGCACUUCCCCAAGAAGAGGCUUGUCGGAAUUCCAGCCCUGGCUCGGUAUAAACUCAACAGCCGCUUGGCCCUGCCUUUGAGCUGUAGGCAACUUUAUCUCGAAUGCUUCCAUAUGCUCUACAUUAGCACGACGUUCUGCUUCAUGGAUCCUGGACGCGUCAGGUCAACCAAGAAGUCACUUUCGCCGUCGAUUUGGGACAGGAUCAAGUCCGUCGAAAUCAAUCGCGACAUACGUUGGCUGGCUGGAAGUGGCGUCCUGGGUGCUGAAGGACGAACGGAGAUGGCAUGGAACGAGUUCUGGGAGAACAUCAACAGCCUGGAAGGAUUGCAGGAGAUUCGGAGCUAUAACGGUAUGAUGCUCCAGGAGUGUCAGCCCAGGCCUAGUUACCAGCAGGCUACUAGCACCUAUGGUCCUCGGUAUGGUGUAAAGUUCAGUCAUCCUGUCGAGGGCAGAGUCAGCUUCACGUUGCCAAGUGGAACCGUAUUUGAGAGCAAGGGAGUCGACCACGAAUCGUAUGUAUCCUAUCGGUUGACUCCCGACCAGCCCGCCAACGUUCGCCGAUGA